UGCGAGGUGCUCCUUGCUGGCCCAGCCAGGCAGCACUGGCUCUGGGGAACAUUCCCAGCCCUGCCUGCAUCCUGGGAAGGAGCUGCCCUGCUGCCGGCCCCCCACGCCAGCGACAGGACGAGCAAGGCUCUGCUCCGGCCUCAGGAAUGUCUGCGGAGCCCAGCUCCUCCUCCUCCUCCUCCUCGCCGCCGUGCCCCGGCCCCGCGCCGCCCAGCUCGCUGCACCUGCCCGAGAGCCGGCGGCCGCGGGAGCGCUCCCCGUCCCCGCUGCGCGGCUACCUCAUCCCCAGCCCGCUGCCCACCCGCCGCACGCGGACCUUCUCGGCCACGGUGAGAGCCUCGGAGGGGCCCAUCUACAAAGGGGUCUGCAAGUGCUUCUGCCGCUCCAAGGGCCACGGCUUCAUCACCCCCGCCGACGGAGGGCCCGACAUCUUCGUGCACAUCUCUGACAUUGAAGGCGAGUACGUUCCCGUGGCAGGCGACGAGGUCACCUACAAGAUGUGCACCAUCCCUCCCAAGAACGAGAAGCUGCAGGCAGUGGAGGUGGUGAUCACCCACCUGGCCCCUGGCACCAAGCACGAGACCUGGUCAGGGCACGUCAUCAGCUCCUGAGGCGUCCCCUGGAGCGGGGCUGCUGCCAGGUGGGCUCUGCUCAGCAACUGGCUGCAGGACCUGCCUGAAGAAUUCUGUGUGUGAGGAAAUACUGCAUUGUCAAUAAAGCAGAUGCAGGCCAAAAUUACCACUUUUUACAGCUGGCCUGAUUUAAAAAAAAAAAAAAAAAGGCAAUUCAAAUGCUAAUGAAAAAAUCUAGCGUAAUGUGUUUACAAGAAAUGUAUUUAAAGAGACCUAGUUUGUGUGCUUGGUGGAGGAAGGGAGGUUUGGGUUUUCUUUUGUCUUGUGAACUGAUUCCAGGAAAUGCCCAGGGGAAGGGGGGAGAGGUUUCAAGGAGAGCUCUUCUUGUGCAGGUGGUCCAGCCCAGCUCUGAGCCCUGAGCCCCCUGGGCUGCUCUCCAGGGCUGCAGUACCUUUAUUGCUGAUUUAGUGCCUGAAUGCCCUGGCUGGCACGCAGAGGUGUUCAUUGCUGACUUGUUUUCCUCAUGGAAGGAAGUUCACAAACAGAGCAGCUGCCACAGGGUGGAAAAUCUCCAUCAGGGGAUUGUGCUCCAGAUGCCCAUCAGGUGCACCCCUGCAAAUGGUGUGGAAACUGUGUUGUACUGGUAAAGCUGGGGUUGUUUGUGAAUUUACUUAGGUGCCUUGAUGGUUGAUUAGCAACAGAUUUUAUAGGCCAGUAUUAAAAAAAAAAAGAAUCCAUCCCAAAUUUAAAUUUGCUCCAAGGUAAGUGGUAGAAAACCGUAGAGUAGUGGAUACUUCACAGCCUCAGAGGGUGUCUGAAUUUUGACCAGGCUGAAGAUUUGCCUUCCAGACUGCAUGCAGCUGACUGGCAUGGUGUGCCAGGGGCAGGCAGGGCACCUGCACUGCUGCACAGCAGGUGUGUGCUGCCCAGGUGUGUUAAACACUGACUGAGUUCUCAGCAGGCUCAGCUGCCUUGGUGAAGUAAAUUCUGCAUCUGUUUCCCUGGCAAACUCCCUUGGUUUGAUGUGAUAGGGCCACCCUUCCCCAGACUUUUGUGUAGUUGUAGUGCUACUAAAUUGGUUUUGUUCCUAUUUGCCUUCCAUAUAUAUUUUUUUCUUUCAAAUGAAGCAUUUUUCUCUGUUAUUUUCCUAACAGUGGAUUUUUAUUGACUUUGCAAAUAAAACCAGAAAAAAAAAGCAGAACUCUUGUUAGUUGUAUGAAACAGUGUAGCUUCAGUUGUGUGUUUGGAGCUUCACCAAGAGGUGCUGGCUGUCAGGAGCUGUCCUGAGCCUUUCACAGCAGCUGAUCUGUGCCCAGCUGUGAUGUGGGCUCAGAACUGCUGUGCUGGUUUGUUUUCCCUUAGCUGUGCCUGUUACACUGUGGUGUGCUGGGGUUUGGGUUUGGUUCUGUUUUUAUGACCCAUAAGCCUUGGUAGUGGUGGGUUUAUCACUGUGCAGCUUGUUGGAAUAUCACCCCCUGCUUUCUUUACAAUAAAUGCAACCAUUUCAGUGCU